AUGCCCGCCGCCCCGAAGUGGUUUAAAGGGGCGCCCUUUGGUGUGCAGAGUCACAGGUUUGAUGUCUCCGCUGUUUAUCCCAACCAGAAGAAAGCCAGCACCUUCACAGAGGCCCCAUACUCCAGGCAUUACUCCGUGGAACUGGCCCACAUAGGACCUGGGACCUAUAACUCCAAAGAUACCUGCUUCAGCAAGAAGUUCCUGGAACAGAAGUUGGGCACAGGCUGGGCACGGGCCCAAGAAGCCACCCGGCUGACCAAGCUACCCCACUUCCAGUACCAGGCCAUCAUGAAGGAAAGACAACAGCAGGUGCACAAGCUAGGACCUGGAUCCUACAACUUCAAAGACUUCCUAACCCAGCUGCAGGAGAAACCACAGAGCAAACGGGGGCUGCUCAGCUCUGGGGAGAUACGAUUCCGGGGUCUCAUUGGGAAUUUUUACCCGGGCCCUGGAAAUUACGGAGAGAGAGGUAACCCAUACACGCGGCUGGAGGAGGGCGCCUGGAAUCGCUCCCAUUCCGAGGGGUUUAUGUCUAGGAUGUCCAACAAGCCACCACCCUUGUUACAUGAGGGCAGUGGCCUGGGACCCGGGACAUACAACAUCAGGAGUGCGAUCGAGGACUACGUGACACGAUCCACCAGUUUGCGUGGCCCCUAUGACAUUUUCUCCGGCGAACGAAGCAAGCCUGUGUCCUAUGGGUACUACUCUGUGGAGAAAAAGAAGCCCAGGGAACUGACCAAUUUCAAGAGCUUCGUGGAAGAGCUUAAUUCACAUCACAACAGGAAACGAGGGGUUUUCUCGAAAUAUCCCCGAGAUCCGAAACAUCCCACAGAGAGCAUUUACUGGACUACCAUUAGCCAACACCCCAGAGAUCCGGCCAUAGCCGGUCCUGGUUUUUGGGUUCCUCAUGAGACGGAACAGAAACACGUCAACCGGCCGCCGUUCCUGCUGGCCACCAAGCGCACUGGCAAUAAGGCCUACCAGAUGUUUUUGGGCAGCUGGAACCCAGUCGGGGUAGGCCGCUACCUCAACACCACACUGAUGGAAACUAUAGACAGAAGGAAGCGAUACCGCUCCCUGUUUUUGAAUGGACAGAAGCGCUACCUGCAGAACCUGAACCGGGACAAACUCAUGGCGGAACGGAUUACACCUUCUAUGAGGGACAAGUGUCCUCCAAUUGUGGAUUACAAUUCAGAUCCUGUUCCUUAAAGUCACAAGGGAAGGACAGCCUGAUGUAACCAGAGAGCCCAAGGCCUGAAGAGAAAUCUUGUGAUGGGAGGAUGGGGAAGGAGGCAGGGGCCUUGCGGAAUGCCUGGGAGAAGGGAAAGGCCAGAAGAGUCAUCUGUACUGCAGCCCCGUGGCCAAACGUCACAGUAUCUGCUAGGACAGUGGGGGCUAGGAAUCUUCUGAGGGACCCAUUGUCCUGACCAUUCCAGUCAGCUGGUGACAUGAAUUUGGGAUCCAGACAGCAGAUGGAUGGAAGAGGGGAAAGUGGGUGACUCCCUGGAAACCGUUUUACUAUAAAGCCAGAGUGUGGGUACCUAAGUCAUUGUUGUCCCAGAAGGAGGUGGGGAGAGGAACAUUCUCAAUGCCACAGUCUCGGCCCCUGCGCGAACACCCCAUCUCCAUGCUAGGAUGCUUCUGGAAGCUCAACAGAGCCUCACGCUGGGCGGGGACUGAUGACUUCCAGGCAGUGUCCAGCUAAUGGAUCAGCCCGUGAACCCCACAGUUAGCUUUGUGGGUACCCCAGUGUAGUUGGAGAAGGGUCUAUGGGGUGAGUGACAGCACCUUGCGACACUUCUCUCACUGUUUACAUCAAGAAUUGAGUAUGGUGGCGGCAAUGUCCCCAGAGAAGACGAUGCUGAGACCUGAUGGACUCAGGCACAGAACUCACACCAUGAAACCUAUUUCAGACACUCUCUUCAGAGCAUGUUUUACCGUUGCUUCUCACUUGGGUCAAAAUGGCUGUGGUGGGAGAGAUGAAACAAUCUAUUUGCAGAGGCAACAAAAUCCUCUCCGUAAAAACCGACCCACUGACUCUUCAAGUUGGACAGUCAACUCAGCAAAGUAACAGGAAAGAAAAUCAGUCUAUCCAAUGAGCUUUCCGUAGACAAGAAA